CCACUUUAGAAUACGUUUUAUUUUUAGAAAGUUUUUAUCUCACUUUUACCCCUUAAAAUCUCCCUUUUCUUUUAAUGUACCCAUUUUCUUUUAUUUAUAAUUAUUUUCUCUCUCAUACUUCCAAUACAAUCAUUACUUCACACUACUAUUUAAUUAAAAUAAUACCCACUACAACCUCAUACUUCCAAUACAAUCAUUACUUCCCACUAUUAUAUAAUUAAAAUAAUACCCACUACCACCAAAGAUUCUCUUUUUCUUAAUCUUUGUGAAAUACCCAAAUAGGAAGAACAAAUAGGAACGAAGGGAGUACUUUUUUUAAAGAAUGGAUAGAGUACCACAAGGGAUUAUUUGGUAGCUGAGAAUGGAAAUUGUAAGACUUAAAGUUGAGACUUAAGAAUUAGGAUGAAACUUAUAUGAGACUUUAAGAAAAAAUGUCUUUUAUCUUUUUUUUGGUAACUGAUGAGAAUAAAUUAAAAAAGUACAAAUUUGCCCUUACUUAUCAGUCUAGAUAAUGGAUUUCAUUAAUGGCAAAUUGGUUAUUUUAUGCAAAUUUUAUGUCCCAACCCCAACAUCUUUGAAAACGUGAAAGAAAUAAAUAUUAACAAAAAGAAUUAAAAAUAUAUAUAUUUUGAGUAAACUUAAUUUUAAAAAUAAUCGUUUUUAUGUAUGAGUCUAAGGUUAGGUUAGUUUGCAGUUACUAACAGCGAACAAAAAAAUUACUCAAAAAAAGUUAAAAUUAAAUCAAAAUUGUUUAUAACUGCGAACUAACGGCCUAUCCUUAAGCUCAGACACAGAGGCACUUAUUUUUUAAAUUAACUUUGAAGUUUUUUUUUUUUUUUUUUUUUUUUGUUUUUUUAAUAGAUUGGCUAGGCAUAGCUACUCCUAUUAAUUAGUAUGAGUGUUUGUUGACCGUUCAAUCCUAUCACAGGCAAGUUUGAACCGCUUGCAAACUACUAGUACUUUCAUUACGUAUAUUCAAUCAAUCUAAAUAAAAAUCCUUCAUCUUAACAAAUUAAGAUGGAGCAAUUAUGGCUCUUUUCCUUAGUAAUCUCCAUUGUUCUACCACUAAUCUUCUUUUUCAUCACUAAUUACCACAAAACCCAACAAACCCAAAACAUUCAUAAAACUCCGCCACCAAGUCCUCCAUCUCUUCCCAUAAUAGGCCACCUUCAUCUAGCCAAACAAGGCCUACUUCAUCAAAUCUUACAAAAAAUUUCAUUAAAGUAUGGUUCAAUUUACUCUCUUAAAUUUGGGUAUCGUCCCUUUGUUAUCAUAUCUUCCCCAAAUGUGGUUGAAGAAUGUUUCACCAAAAACGACAUCGUUUUAGCCAAUAGACCUCAAACUCUCGUUGGAAAGCAGCUUCAUUAUAAUUGGACUACCAUUGGAGCUGUAUCAUAUGGUCCUCUAUGGCAAAACCUGCGUAAAAUAACCUCUCUUGAACUUUUCUCGACGAAUCGAAUGAACACCUUUCAAUCCAUUAGAGUAGAUGAAGUUAGAUCUUUGGUUAAAGGCUUGUUUGGAUGUACCAAAGAAAAGUUUACUAAAUUUGAGAUGGGUUCUAAAUUUUAUGGGUUAACGAUGAAUAUUUUAACUAUGAUUUUAACUGGGAAAAGAUACUUUCUUUCAGAAAUUGAAAGUAAUAAUAUUGGGGAUCAAAAAGAAGCUGAGAAAUUUAUUGGGCUUAUUAGAGAGAUCUUGGAGCUUAAUGGGAUUUCUUCAUAUUUGGGAGAUUUUAUGCCAUUUUUGAAGUGGGUGUAUUCAGUGAAGAAAAUGGAGAAAAGAAUUAUUGAAGCAAGGAAUAAAAUGGAUGAUUAUUUAGAUGGUUUGAUAGAAGAGUGUAGAAAGAGUAAAAAUGGGUAUGAUUCAAGUGAUAAAAGUCAGAAAAUUGCUUUGAUAUAUAAGUUGCUAGAUCUUCAAGAGUUAGAGCCUCAAAAUUACUCUCAUCAAAUCAUCAAGGGAAUCAUUAUGGUAAUGCUAAUAGCAGGAUCAGAUACAUCCGCAGUUACAAUGGAAUGGGCACUAUCAUUGUUACUUAAUCACCCAAAUGUACUUAGAAAAGCAAGAGAAGAAAUAGACAAUUAUAAAGGAAAUGAUCAACUAGUAGAAGAGCAGGAUCUCCCAAACCUUCCUUACAUCCAAUGCAUCAUCAACGAGACGCUCCGACUGUUCCCUGCAGCUCCGUUGCUAGUUGGGCAUACAGCAUCAGCAGACAUAACAGUUUCAGGAUAUCAUAUUGAAAAGGGUACUACUUGCUUGGUUAAUGCAUGGGCAAUUCAUAGGGAUCCAAAAUUAUGGGAUGAUCCUUUGAUAUUUAGGCCUGAGAGAUUUGAAAGACUGACUAGCGAUGAUUAUAAAUACAGUUUAAUCCCAUUUGGGUUAGGGAGAAGAUCUUGUCCUGGUGCUAAUCUUGCUAAUAAAGUUAUAGGACUUACUUUGGCUACUUUGAUUCAAUGCUUUGAUUGGAAAAGGGUUAAUGAGGAAGAUGUGGAUUUAAGUGAAGGAAUUGGUCUUACUAUGCCUAAGGCUAAACCACUAGAAGCAAUGUGUAGAGCUCGUCAAACCAUGAUCAGUGUACUUUCUAGUAUGUAACAAUUUGAGAUAAUAAUUUUAAGAUUUCGCAAUUACAAAAACUUGUUGAGACGGUCUCACUGUGAGAUGCGCUUUAUAUAUAGAAUAAAUAGAUUAAUAGUAUUAAUUAUUAAUAUCGUAUAUAGACUUCUUGUUUUGAGGUCUCUUUAUCAAGAGAAUGUCUCUUAUAAGAGUUGCUCUUUUGAAUUUUAAAAUUAGCGAUGUUUUCUGUUGCGGCUUCUUAAAUUAAUAAAUUUAUGGACAAAGUCACAUACGGCCCGUUUGGUUGAUGGUAAUAAAGUAAUGAGAAUGAAAUGUUGUAAUGGCAAUAGUAAUGAAGGAAUGGAUAUGAGAAUUGGUAAUGAGAUUCUUUUUUUCGGU